GUUGCUGGUUUAGUAAAGAAAUGCAAUGGCCAGUUUCAUAAGUUUUAGCCAGGAAAGACCAAGAAAUUUGAAGCUGAGGGUUGCGGGUUGGGGCGCCCGGAUCCGAUGGAAUUGAAGCAGCAACGACUCCAUGCUGGAAGCCAUAAAGGGAGGAGCAUUUUAUUCCUCUGCAUAUCCAUCCCCUCACCCUGUCCCUCUUCUCCUCUGCUCUGCUGCAGCUCCUCUCCAUUUUCUCAUCCUACCCAGGAAACUAGUGUAAGAGGAAGCACAGAACGAAAUGUUUUUCCAGCGCAAGAAUUCCAAGAAAGUGAAAAACACCGAUGCAUCAUCGCCCAAGAAGGACAAAGAUAGCCGUGGGAAGAACGACUUCUUCGAUCGCGCCAAGGGUGGGUUUGGUGCCCUUGCAGGAAGCAUCAAAUCAGCCAAGAAUGACGCUGAAGAGAGGGCAGCAAAGGUUCAAGAGGAUGUGAACGCCGGCAUUGAAGCAAUCUUGGAGACGGGCUCAGGCAUUCUUGAGAAAGCCAAGGAGGAUGUUGGAGGCCAUUCAGAAACGAGCCUGUCGAAGGAACUAGGUCAAGGAAGUGAAGAACAAGGACAGAAGGACAUGGAUGCCUUAAGUUCAAUGCUCGACAAGGCGAAAGACAAGGUGAAAAGCAACCCUGAUGUGAUGGAGAAAGUCAAUUCGGUCCUCGACAAGGUUAAGAACCACCCAGAAGUCAUGGAGAAAGUUGCUGAGGUUUUACAUCUGGGAAAACGUGAAUCCAAAGAGAAAGAACCCGAGGCCGAGGACAAGACAAAAGAAGGCGAGACCUCUGCCGACAAGACCCAAGACUCAAACAUCCUAGACCAGGCCGUGGAAGAAAUUCAGGCUGUUGUGGCAGCUGUGCAGCAGCAGGAAACAACCGGGGAUGAAACUCAAGUUCCAGUCGAGGCUGCUGCCGAAACUGACGCUCCAGCUCAAGAAGAAAAACGGGAGGUGGAGAAAGACAACCCCAAGAACCGAAUCGACUUCCUUGGAUUCUUCGCCAUGAUCUUUGAGAGGUUCUGCUCCCCAGCUGACAAGAAGAAAGACUAGUUCCGUGUCAGCUGCCGGAUUUAUCCAUUUGUCUUCAUCAAAACUGAAUGGUCCGCAUGUGGGGUGGCUGUGGAUGGAUGAUGUACAGUUUGCACUUGUGUGUUCUUUUGAGAUUUGUUUCAUUUUGGGAUUGUCCUUAAUGUUGAUGGAUGCAACAACAAAAAAUGUGUUUCAUUUUUGUGUAAUUAUUGUCACUCAUGGAUUUGAUCCUAUUUAUGCGAAUGGAAGGAUUUAAUUCAAUUUCUUUUUCAA